AUGUGCCCCUUCCUUGGAUGCCUGCCCUACUGCUGUCUGUUCCUCUUCUCGCUGGGAGUCCAGGGGGCCCAAGAGUAUCCCCAUGUUGCCCCGGAGCAAGUCCAUCUGUCCUACCCAGAUGAGCCGGGCUCCAUGACCGUGACCUGGACCACAUGGGCCCCUGCCCGGUCCGAAGUGCAGUUCGGGAUGCAGCUAUCUGGGCCUCUCCCAUUCCGAGCCCAGGGCACUGCCAGCCCCUUUGUAGAUGGGGGCAUUCUGCGGCGCAAACUCUACAUCCACCGGGUGACGCUGCGCAAGCUGCUGCCAGGGGCUCAGUAUGUUUACCGCUGUGGCAGUUCCCAGGGCUGGAGCCGGCGGUUUCGCUUUACAGCCUUGAAGAAUGGGGUCCACUGGAGCCCCCGCCUGGCUGUGUUUGGGGACCUGGGGGCUGACAACCCAAAGGCCCUGCCCCGGCUACGCAGGGACACCCAGCAGGGCAUGUACGACGCAGUGCUCCAUGUGGGAGACUUUGCCUACAACAUGGAUCAGGACAACGCUCGUGUGGGCGACAGGUUCAUGCGGCUCAUUGAACCUGUCGCUGCCAGCCUGCCGUACAUGACGUGCCCUGGGAAUCAUGAACAACGCUACAAUUUCUCUAACUACAAAGCUCGCUUUAGUAUGCCAGGAGAUAACGAAGGCUUGUGGUACAGCUGGGACCUGGGUCCUGCCCACAUCAUCUCCUUCUCCACCGAGGUCUAUUUCUUCCUGCAUUAUGGGCAUCAUCUUGUUGAGAGACAGUUCCGUUGGCUGGAGAGCGACCUCCAGCAAGCCAAUAAAAAUCGGGUGGAUCGACCGUGGAUCAUCACAAUGGGUCAUCGGCCAAUGUACUGUUCCAACGCAGACUUGGAUGACUGCACGAGGCAUGAGAGCAGGGUCCGAAAAGGCCUCCGAGGCAAGUUGUUUGGGCUAGAGGACCUUUUCCACAAAUAUGGUGUGGACCUUCAACUCUGGGCACACGAGCACUCCUAUGAGCGCCUGUGGCCAAUUUACAACUAUGAGGUAUUUAAUGGCAGCACAGAGGCUCCCUACACCAACCCUCGAGGCCCAGUUCAUAUCAUCACAGGGUCUGCGGGCUGUGAAGAGCUGCUGACCCCCUUUGUUAGACAACCCAGACCCUGGAGUGCUGUGCGAGUGAAGGAAUAUGGGUACACACGGAUGCACAUCCUCAACGGCACUCACAUGCACAUCCAGCAGGUGUCAGACGAUCAGGAUGGGAAGAUAGUAGAUGACGUCUGGGUGGUGAGACCCCUGCUUGGCCGGAUGUUGUACCACUAGAGACUGGGACUGCUCUCAGCAAGAGACCAAGGCCUUGACACCUUGCUACUGUGACCAGGCGGUACCUUGGCCUGGGUGGGGAGGCAGGGCAGGAUCUCACUCUCCCUGCCCAGAAGCCU